AGCAGAUUCCCCAGGACCCGCCUAUCAAUGACGUCGCAUCAAUGGGACAGGGACAGGGCUGAGGCGCUUUCCUCUAUGUACCGACCCAGGUAUGCAGUGCCUCAUAAACCGGAAGAUUGUCCCGCAACAAAGGCCCAAAUAAAGAGCUGGGCGCCGAGCAAUCCAAGGCCGGUAUUAGUACCAUAUACUGCAUCUAGACGGCAAUUUUGACUGCUAUCAGCUUGCAUGUCACGGCCGAUUGCCCAGCAAUGACCUCAAUCCUGCGGCAGAUUGUCGCCGGACCCCGCGCGAAGCAUCAAGAGACCGGCCUCGACCUGUGCUAUGUCACGUCCAAUAUCAUCGCAACAUCCGGUCCCUCCCAGACGUACCCGCAGCGAGCCUACCGCAACCCACUCGACCGCCUCGUCGCCUACCUAGACGCCAAGCACGGCUCCGGCUGGGCAAUAUGGGAGUUCCGCGCCGAGGGUACGGGGUAUCCGGACGAGGCCGUCCACCACCGCAUCCGCCACUACCCCUUCCCUGACCACCACCCGCCGCCGUUCCGGCUGGUGCCCCUCGUCCUGGGCAGCAUGCGAAACUGGCUGCGCGGGGGAGACGUACAUCAUGAUCAUCAUUCCGGGGGCGAGGGAAACGAAGACGACGGGGAGCAACAGCAGCAGCGAGGUGGUGGUGGUGGUGGUGGGGAGGAGGGAGACGGCAAGGCAAAAAAGGACGAGAGGGUCGUCGUCGUCCACUGCAAGGCCGGCAAGGGCCGCUCGGGAACAAUGGCUUGCAGCUACCUCAUUGCCGAGUGUGGAUGGUCGGCUGAGGAUGCACUGGCGAGGUUUACUGAGCGGAGGAUGAGGCCUAACUUCGGUGCCGGCGUAUCCAUACCCAGCCAGCUGAGGUGGGUCAGCUACGUGGACAGGUGGACUAAGGGAGGGAGGAAGUAUGUGGACCGCGCGGUUGAGAUCGUGGAGGUGCACGUGUGGGGGCUGAGGAACGGAGUCAAGGUUGCUAUUGAGGGGUUCGCGGAGGAGGGGAAGAAGAUUAAGGUAUUUCAUACCUUUACCACCGAGGAGAGGAUCGUGGUUGAAGGGGAGCCGCCGGGCGGGGGAGGGGUGGUGGACAUGGUUCAGGAUAUGGCGGGGUAUGGAAUCAGUGCGAAGGUGGAUGAUAAGGGGGAGGUGGUGGAGGAGGCUGAUUACGAGACCAUUACUGGGGCGAAAGAUGACGGGAAUCUUGUGCCGGCCAAGGAGGAGGGUGGUCUGGCAAGAAGCCUAUCGAAGAGACUAAAGGGCUCUCAGACGAUAGGGUUGAUUCGCAAGUUCCCAAGUCGCAGACAGGGCUCUUCUCAGAGCCUAAAUAAGCUGGGCAAAGAUGGGGGCAGGGCCAGAACAAUUGCCAUGCCGGAAGCCUCGCAAACCUCGACCCUCGAUGGAAAGGAACAAGCCAGGCCUAAGUCGACCACCCCUCCGCAGAAUGGCGUGUCAUCUGCCGACCACUCAGAGCCUGGAGGACAGGCCGUCAUCUUUAGGCCGUCCAGCCCGAUUCGGAUCCCGAAUAGCGACGUGAAUGUGUCCGUCGAGAGAAGGAGUCGAGCACCCGGGAAUUUAGGCCUGACGAUGGUCACGGCGGUCGCGCACGUUUGGUUCAAUGCAUUCUUCGAGGGCAACGGACCCGAGCAAGACGGCAAUCCGGAUGACAGCGGGGUGUUCGAGAUGGAGUGGGACAAGAUGGACGGAAUCAAGGGGUCGAGCCAAAAGGGAACUCGGGCCUUUGACAGGAUGUCGGUGGUCUGGCGGGUUGCAAAGGCGGACGUCCCUGCGACCGAGGCUGAAGCGUCUGCAAUCCCAGGGGUAACGAUCAACGAACCUGGAGAAGAUAGUCCAGUGCCCCAGAUGCAGCCGGCAGACUGGACGGGGGCAACCGCCGAGGAUGCAACGGCGGAGAAGCACCUUGGGCUCCGGGUAGAAGACCCCGAUAGCAGGAAUGUUAGUAAGGCGAGCAGCGUCAGGAGUCAAGAGAUCGGAGAAGCCGGCGUUACAGAUGAAGUAGGGGAAGAAGCUUCUCUGCAGGGGGUCAAGGUCAGCGGCCCGGGAGGAGAGGAGACAUUGGAUGAAAGCCUGCUACAGAGUCACCUAGUCCGGGGGGCUCAGGCGAGGUAAAAACGGGCUGAAGGUGUGGAAUGUUCUAUAUGGGUGCUGGAGGGCGAUCCAGGGAUACCUGAGCAAGGAGUUAUGGUUAGCAUGCCUUAUACGAUGAAGAAGUCCCAGUCUUAUAAACGGCCAUCACAAUACAUAC